AAAGCUAUUGCCUCAUAUAAAACUUCAUUUCCCUCAACUAGAUGCAGUAUAAGCGCCGUAAACCUCCAGCCACGAAAGUCUUCCUGAAAUUACUUUCAACCGCAGGCCAAGUGAAAGGAUCAUUCGUCAUUGUGAAAAAUGGACAAGAAAGGAUUGGCUACGUCUGGGUUCUCUCAGAAUAAUAAUCAAAUAUACACGCCAGCAGAGACAUCUGCCAUCGAUGGAAACGUGGGCGAAAAUGACGAAAAUGUGGAGCGAGGCAACUGGUCCUCGAAAACCGACUACCUGCUCUCAGUGAUCGGGUUCACUGUGGGUCUGGGCAACAUCUGGAGAUUCCCUUACCUGGCGUACAGGAAUGGAGGAGGUGCAUUUCUUAUUCCCUACAUGCUCAUGUUGGCGCUGGCUGGAAUGCCAAUGUUUUUCUUUGAAUCGUCUUUUGGGCAGUUUGCCAGCCUCGGACCAGUUGCAGUGUGGAAAGCCGUGCCUAUACUACAAGGAGUGGGGAUUGCUAUGGUCCUUCUGAUUACAUUAGUGCACAUUUCCUACAACUGCAUCAUCGCCUACAGCCUGUUCUACCUGUUUGCUUCCUUCCAAUCCCCUCUGCCAUGGUCAGACUGCUUCAGCUGGUGGGGUGCGGAUGAAACCUGCAGUCGGACACCCAGAGAUCCGCUCUGCAACCUCACUCUGGACAGCGGAUAUUCUGAAGUCGUUAAUACAACCUGGCUGCAGGCAAACAAUAAAACGUGUUCAAAUGGAUCUGAAAUCCAUGUUCCUCACCAGGGUCCAGGUGAACAAUACUGGGAUAAGGUGGUUUUACUUCGGUCAAGGUCGAUAGAUGAAACGGGGGAGAUUGUCUGGCACGUGGCUCUCUGUCUGCUUCUGGCCUGGCUGAUGGUUGUGGCCGCCCUGUCUAAAGGAAUCAAAUCUUCAGGAAAGGUGGUUUAUUUCACUGCUACCUUCCCUUAUUUGCUUCUGACUAUACUACUCAUCCGAGGACUAACCCUGGAGGGAGCACAUAAAGGGAUUGAAUUCUACAUUGGAAGCCAAUCAGACUUCUCAAAACUGGCUGAUGCUGAGGUCUGGAAAGAUGCUGCAGCACAAAUAUUCUAUACACUUGGAGUGGGUUCUGGCAGUUUGAUAACCCUAUCAUCCUACAACAAAUUCCACAACAACUGCUACAGAGACACCAUCAUUGUCUGUGUGGUGAACUGUGCCACGAGUGUGUUUGCCGGAUUUGCCAUCUUCUCCGUCCUGGGACACAUGGCUCACGUACAGGACAAGCCUGUUUCAGAGGUUGCUCAGUCAGGUUUCGGUUUGGCUUUCAUCGCCUACCCAGAGGCUAUUGCACAACUGCCGUGGGCUCCACUAUGGUCCACUUUGUUUUUCUUCAUGUUGCUCACUGUGGGACUCGACACUCAGUUUGCAGCUGUAGAAGGAAUUUUAACAUCCCUCAUGGACCAAUUCCCCAAGUAUCUCCAAUCAAAACGUCUUCUGCUGACCACUGGUGUAUGCUUAUUGUUAUUUCUCCUUGGCCUCGUGUGUGUAACACAGGCUGGGAUUUACUGGGUACAUUUAACUGAUUAUUUCUGUACUGGAUGGACUUUCAUUACUGUAGGCCUUCUGGAACUUGUUGGCCGAAGCUGGAUUUAUGGGGUGAACAGAUUCAUCAAGGACAUUGAGAUGAUGAUUGGGGAGAGGAAUUGGCUCUUCUGGUUGUGGUGGAGAGCAUGUUGGUGUUUCAUCUCUCCAAGCUUGCUGGUGGUAAUCUUAGCUUGGUCUUUGGCAACAUUUUCUACGCCAACAUAUGGACUCAUGGAGUACCCUGAUUGGGCAAUAGCACUCGGCUGGUGUAUGAUCAUCUUCUGCAUUAUGUGGAUCCCCAUCAUUGCCACUGUGAAAGUUGUCCAAGCUGAGGGCUCCACAUUGUACCAGAAACUAACUGCUGCUUGUACAUCAUCUCCUGACUGGGGCCCUUACUUGGAACAGCACAGAGGAGAAAGACACAGAAGGCAGCCAAAUUCUGCAGAAGCCCCUAAUGCUCUGGUACUGCUUACGAACUCUGAGGUGUAAACUGUUGAGGGAAGAUCUGUAGCCACUCUGAUGCUCUCACUGUAGUUUCAGUGGGCAAUAACCGAGUUUGGUAUUCCUACUGUGCAUGGUCAGAUCAUGGGUCACUCGCGAUAAACAUUCUCAGCAGCUGUGCUGCUGCGUGUGUGCAGGCUUGCGUUUCGUCCAGUCGGGAUCGGAUCUCUGGCGCUACAGGCGCUGUUGAGUUGCUGCUGGGCCGUCCCCGUCCCCUUCCGGGUGUGCCUUCCCUGUCCGGGGACGGCCGGAGAUGUCCGGGGACUGGCGGGGCACUGGCCCUUCCGGUGGCAGUCCAGACUUGCAGCCGGCGUGGAAAGGAAGCGCUGGCUCCGGCUCAACUCUGCCUGUCCCAUCGGGUUGUUCGGCAACUGUGGACUGGCGGGGCGAUGACCCGUUGCGGUGGUCGCCUGGGCUUGUAUCUGGCACGGAGUAGAAGCGCUAGCUUCACUGCUCCUGAGCGGUGUCCCGUCAGUCCAGGGCUGUCAAUUAACCCGGCGGGACAGGCAGAGUUGAGCUGUUGCCGCUUCUCCGUGCUGGCUGUGGGCCUGGGCCGCCGCUACAGCGGGCUGGUGUUCCGUCAGUCCAGGGCUGUCGAUAGCCCCAGCAGGUCAGGCGGUGUUGGACUGGAGUUGGAGCUUCUUCUCCGCGCUGUCUGUGGGCCUGAGCCGUCGCUGUCCCAUCGGUCCGGGGUCGCCCCAGGUGUCCAGUGGCAGUUCAGCGGUGGAGGCCCGGAUUCGAUCCUGGCUGCGGAUGGGGCGCGGGUCUGUUUGUAUGCGGCAGCAUGGUUGCCGGGGGUGUUUAUCGCGAGUGACUUUUGACAAAUCCCAUGUAUACAAAAAAGCUGGAGAAACUCAACGGGCGAAGCAGCAUCUAUGGAGCGAAGGAAUAGGCGACAUUUCAGGUCGCAAAACUUCUUCAGACCUGAAACGUCUCCUAUUCCUUCGCACCAUAGAUGCUGCCUCACCCACUGAGUUUCUCCAGCUUUUUUUUUUGUCUACCAUCGAUUUUUCCAGCAUUUGCAGUUCUUUCUUAAACAUUUUGACAAAUCUCAUGAUUCCUUGCGUUUUUCGGAAUACCGAACUCGCUUAUUAAGAAUAGACAAGAACUCACUGGAGCACAUGGAUAUCAGCCUGGGGUGAGUGGGGUCCAGGAGAGAUCAGUGACCAUUAGAUUUUCUACACCAUGACCAUCUGUUGCACUCCAAAGUUAUUACAUGGUUUAAUGUUUGGGAUGCCAAACACUGCAUAAUGUGGAUAGUAUCUCAACAUUUCCCAUCAAGGAUUGGUUUCCGAAGAUUAGCCAUUGGAUAUGGCAAAGAUCAGAGGGACCUCAGCAUUGUCACUAGUUAGUUGCUGACAAUCUUGGAAACGCCUACUAUUCAUGGGCAAUACUGAUGGUCAUAGUGUGCUGACAGUGUCCAACAUGAAUUGUCCACUGGACCCAACUCACUGCGGGAAAUGACUUCAUAAUUUUGACAGCUGAAUUCCUCUUCAAUAAUUACUUUUACUCCAGUUUUCACAUGACAAAUAUACUGCUCAUGCAAAACAUCUUCAUUCACAUCAAGCAGAUAUUUGCAUUAACCUUGCACUGUUAAUGCUCUAAUCCAGUGCUCUCCAACCUUUUAAUACUUAGUGCCCACUUGUAAUUUUCGUGAGGGUAAAACCUCUGUACCACCCACUUAUAUUUAAAUUGAAAGAAAAAUGACAUCCCCAGCAUCUAUCUAUCUAUACACUUUUAGUGUGCGUGUGGGUGUAUGUCAUUUUGAUUUUGCCUUUGAUUCGUUUCUCCGCGAAAACCAGACGCAAAAACACCGAGAUUUUUACCAUUUCACUAGCGAUUUUACUUUUACAUUCGCAAAUCCACUCCUCAUUAAAUUUAGUAAUUUUUCUGUACACAUUUUCAAUAAAAUCCUUCACAAAACUUAGUUUUCUUUAAAUCAGCAGCUGUGGAUGUCACAAUGCACACAUGCCGACCAAUCCAGGCCCACAUGCCUCCAGUAUGCCUCCAAGUACGCUCGCGCCACGCCCUCCGCAGCUGGAUUGCAUCGCCCACCCGCCUGCCCUCUCACUCCAACCCCCCCCCACUCCACCUCUCUUUCCCCAUCCUCCCCUUCCUCUCCCCCUCCUCUCACCCCUUCACCCCCACUCGCCCUCUCCCCCUUCACCCCCACUCGCCCUCUCCCCCCAGACAGAGCGGAACACCGGCUGUUGCCAGAACCGCAGCCGCAGUUUUCCCGCUGCAAUAUUUAGUUUUCAGCUUCUGGCAACUGUGCCCGACCGACCUGCUUCAGGGGAGAAGAGAUAAGGCGACGGGCGGGCGGGGUAAAGGCCGGGGUGUGAGGAAACGAGCAGCCACCUGCUACAAUAGGCGCAAUGGUCCUUACUAUAGUGAAACCCGCUGCUGCUCACAGUCUCUGAUGGGGCUGCUUUCACAGACUUAACUGUGAGCGGCCCCCGCGUUUAACCAGGGCUCUGGGAACUUGCCAUCUGAUGGGGACGAGGAGGCUUCCAGAGGGAAGGCAGGGACAACUUAGAAUCCAGCAGCAGUGGCUCCUUUAAUGGAUUCAUUCCAGUGAGUUCAGUUUGGUAACAAUCCCCCCUCUCCCCCCCCCCCCCCAC